AUGGCUUCCUCAUCCUCUGCUUCCUCCAUCAUCUCCAUUGGCUCCAAGACAACUCGAGAGAUGACCCCGGAGUUUGACCCCACAGCUGCCUAUGAGGACUGCGCUCCUCUGCACUGGGAUGCAGAUGAGUGGGAUUUCCAAGCCUGGUCAGAGGAUGAUGAAUCCUUGACCGACGGAGAAGACCUCCAGUUCCUCCUUGACGGGGACCUGGAAAAUGAAGACGACGAUGACGAUGUGUCCUGGGAAGGGAACUUCUCCUCCUCAGAAGAAGAAGCCGAUGACGCAUCAACUGAGGAAGACUUAGCAACAGGAGUCUUCUUUUGCAGUGGGUCAUCUAAGGAUGACAAAGUUGAUGAUGAUGAAGAGACCAAUGGCGGCAGCAGCUAUAGCGAUUACGGUGGUGACGACGACAACAGCGAUGACGACGGCAGUGACAAUGGUGGCCACAUUGGUGUAGCCCCUCCGAUUAAGCGCCACAAGCAAGAGGAUGGUCCGGAGCCCAAGAGCGAUGAUGGCUCCUCUUUCAAGUUCUCACCGACUGCUCCUGUAGUCCUUUUUGGCAAGAACGCGCCUCCCUUAUUGAAGGUCAUAAUGCGGAUCCAGCCUGAUUCCUCAAAAUCGGCUUCCAAGCGAAAACGAGCCCCCGAUGUUGCUGCUCCUCGAGCUCAGAUCAAGGCCGAUAUCAUGGACAUUUCCAGCGGGGAAGAGCAGGCGCGCCAAGAAAACCCGAUACUAGAGGCUCCAGUGAAUCCUGCGAUGACAGUCGACACCUUGGGUCUAAACCUCUCGGAGUUGCUCUCAUUUGACCCUGCAUCCGUCUUCUUAGCCAUACUCAAAGUGGAUGAUCGUCAACCACAGCUGACUGUUGUCGCUAGCCAGCUUUAUCGCAUAAAGGGCCUGCUUUCAGCUCCAAUUGAUGCUUUGGUCCAAGAUUCCAACAAAGUGAAGCAAAUUCUUGAGGAGAUCAAGCCCUAA